UCUCUCUCUCUCUCUUUCUCGCUCUCUGCAACUACCUCACUGCCUUAUCUUUUUUCCGUUUCUGCCCGUACCGAACUUUUCAAAAUUUCCAUUCACAAAAACAAAACACAAAACAAUGAGAGAAGAGAGAGCCAUAUUGGUUUGCCGGAACAUCCCAAACCUCAAAACCUCAGACUCCAACUGCGGUCUUAUUGACACCUCCUCGGACCACCAAAAACCGCUCUGGAAGACCAUGUGUCUCACCUACACAACUAACAACAGACUUGCUGACGGUGCCACUGCCAAUGGCAAUCGUUGUAAUUUCGCCUGCCUUUCAGUGGCAGAAAAGAGAAAAGAGUUCGACCCGACUCCGGCUCAGCUUCUCAAACACCCGCUGGCUUUAGCCGCUUACGUCCCCAAAGAUGCCGCGCUUUUCGGCGCCGGCGCCAUAGCCGGCGCAGCCGCCAAGACCUUCACGGCUCCGCUUGAACGUAUCAAGCUCCUUAUGCAGACACAUGGCGUGCGGGUCGGGCAGCAAAGUGCUAAGAAGGCGAUUGGUUUCAUCGAGGCCAUAACAUUAAUUGGGAAGGAAGAAGGGAUCAGAGGAUACUGGAAAGGCAACCUCCCUCAGGUGAUACGGGUCAUACCUUACAGUGCUGUCCAGCUUUUUGCUUACGAAACUUACAAGAAACUUUUUAGGGGAGUGGAUGGUGAGCUCUCUGUUAUUGGAAGACUUGCAGCAGGUGCUUGUGCUGGCAUGACAUCCACUUUUAUAACAUACCCUUUAGAUGUCUUGAGGCUACGCAUGGCAGUUGAACCAGGGUAUCGAGCCAUGUCUGAGGUUGCACUAACCAUGCUGAGAGAGGAAGGAUUUGCCUCAUUUUACUAUGGUCUUGGACCUUCCCUUCUUGGAAUAGCUCCUUAUAUUGCUGUGAACUUUUGCGUUUUUGACUUGGUGAAGAAGUCUUUGCCAGAAAAAUAUCAAAAGAGGACCGAAGCAUCUCUACUAACUGCUGUGAUGUCAGCGUCUCUUGCCACACUCACGUGCUAUCCCUUGGACACUGUGAGAAGACAGAUGCAAAUGAAGGGUUCACCAUACAAUACUGUUCUGGAUGCCUUUCCAGGAAUUGUGGCACGUGAUGGAAUAAUAGGCUUGUACCGGGGUUUUCUCCCAAAUGCAUUAAAAACCUUACCAAGUAGCAGCAUUAGGCUUACUACCUUUGACAUUGUUAAACGCCUGAUUGCCGCCAGUGAGAAAGAGUUUCAGAGAAUUGUGGAGGAAAAUCACAGGAAGCACAGCGAGAAUGGCAGUAAUUGAACAAGCCUGGGGUUUUGAUGUCAUUAUGUUGUUUCUAACCAUUAUUCUCCUACCCAUUUUUCUUGUGGAGAUCAUGUACCCAUAGAAAGAAACCACCCUUAUUUUUGGGAAUUGUGUGUUUGCCAAAAAGUUCCUGUUUAGAGUAUCAAAAAAUUUUGAAAUGUAAGAAUCCUGGGGUUGUAAUUUUUGUGGUAGUUAGGGUGCCAAUUUUUUGUGGAAUUCAUAUUCCACCAAAUUACCUCUUGUAUUGAUUAUGUUUAGUCAAAAGCUUCUUGAGCUUCCAUUGA